UCCAUGCUCAGACACCUCUGUCUCUCCAGAAGCCAGAUCUCACUAGGAUCAUCAUGGAAUCACUUGACGCAGUGACCUUUGGGUUUAAUCUUUUCAAAGAGCUGAAUAGAAAAAACAAUGGCAACAUCUUCUUUUCCCCUGCGAGCAUCUUAGCGGCUGUCGGCAUGCUCCUCCUGCGGACCCGGGGAGCCACUGCCACCCGGCUGCAGAAGGUGCCUCUCUCUGAAAAAGACACAGAUAGCUCGAGAAUCAAAGCUGAAGAAAAAGAGAUUGAGAAGACCAAAGAGAUACACCAUCAAUUCCAAACAUUUUUGAGUGAAAUAAGCAAACCCAAUAAUAAUUAUGAGCUGAAAAUAGCCAACAGGCUAUUUGGAGAGAAGACAUACCUUUUCCUUCAAAAAUACUUAGAUUAUGUUGAAAAAUAUUAUCAUGCUUCUCUGGAACCUGUUGAUUUUGUAAAUGCAGCAGAUGAAAGUCGAAAGAAGAUUAAUUCCUGGGUUGAAAGCCAAACACAUGAAAACAUCAAGGACCUAUUUCCUGAUGCCACUCUAAGCAGCACCACGAAGCUGGUGCUGGUGAACAUUGUGCAUUUUAAAGGGCAAUGGGACAGGGAGUUUAAGAAAGAACAUACCAAGGAGGAGGAAUUUUGGCUGGAUAAGAACACAAGUAAACCUGUGCAGAUGAUGACACAGCGUGACUCCUUCAGCUUCACUCUCCUGAAGGACCUGCAGGCCCAAAUUCUGGGGAUCCCAUAUAAAAACAGUGACCUAAGCAUGUUCGUGUUGCUGCCCAAUGACAUCGAUGGUCUGGAGAAGAUUAUAAAUGAAGUAAGUCCUGAGAAAUUAGUAGAGUGGACUAACCCAGGGCAGAUGAAGGAAAGGACUGUGGAUUUGCACUUGCCCCGAUUUGAGGUGGAAGAUAGUUAUGAUCUGGAGGCGGCGCUGGGCGCCAUGGGGCUGGGGGAUGCCUUCAGUGAGCUGGAGGCUGACUAUUCAGGGAUGUCCCCACGUUCAGGGCUGCAUGCCCAGAAGUUUCUGCACGGGUCCUUUGUGGUGGUGACUGAGGAAGGCACCGAAGCUGCGGCAGGCACCGGGAUGGGCUUUGCGGUCACAUCAGUGCCCAGUUAUGAAACUUUUCACUGCAAUCAUCCCUUCCUGUUCUUCAUCCGGCACAACGAGUCCAACAGUGUCCUCUUCUUCGGCAAAUUUUCCUCUCCUUAGGCCAGUCACUGGCUUGGCAGAAAAACAGGAAAAACAGUGUUGGAGUAUUAAUAUGACUGUGGUAACUGUGGUAGUAGCCCAUUCUUUGAAGAAAUUUGAUUUUCUUGCUUGCAUUUCAAUCCAACCCUCAAACUGUUUGAUUUAGUGACUGCACUGGGUGUGUGUGUUUAUAAUUUUCUUUAAAAGUGAAAUGUCCUUUUGUUUGUGUCAUGUUUAAAGUGAGUUAAAUCAAGGCUUAUAAAUAUGCUGUUGAUUUCUUCUAAAAGUAAAUUAACAACUUGUAGUUUUAUGCACUAAUGAAAAAAAAACUGUCUUGUCAGUAAAGACUAUGGAUUAAUGAUUUUGGGAGUCCCUCCAGCUCUAAUAUUUUGAAAGACUAUAA